GUUACGCCCCCUAUAUCGUCAAUUGAAAUAGAAUUAAUUUUUUGUGUAUCGUUUCUGAACUUCGGAAGAACACCCCUUUAAUACGGGAAAAAGUAUGACAACGGAGCAGGGUCGGCCAUGAGAUAACGCCUAGCUGGAGUCGCAGUCGGAUGUUAAACCACGAAUGUGAUACUUUAAUGGGAUUUCAAAUGCAAAUUAAGUUAGUGGCGGAUUAAUACCUUUAAUCCACAAUAACUCACUGUGCUGUAGAGAUAGAAAGAGGAAAGUUUCAUUCAGCAUUUUACCCGGUCUCUCUUUUCCCUACACACUGGUCUUCUUUAGCCGCGGAAAAGGUGUAAGCUUUUGCAUACAUAACUUUCGUCCUCACCUAAGAUAUGGAGUUUUAAUUGUGCAUAAGUUGCAUAUCACCGAUUUAUUUUCCUGUAAGACACUUGUUCGCUUUGCCCCCUAAGUGCUUGCUAGUGAUAUAAACGUUGAAUAUAUUGGUCCUCUACUCAGACCACGUGACCUAGGUGUAACAAUCUAAGCGGGAGGGACAAAGGAGAGGAAUAUUUCUUAUCACCUGCAGAACACAAUACCUGUAAUUGUGCGGAAUUCGAAUUAUAGAAAAAUAUAAAUUGUAAGUUUAAAAAGAAAUUCUUGAGGACUAUCCAAGCAUCGGACAUUAGCUAUUUCAUUAGACAGCGAGGCAGGCUGAACAUCUUUGGAGAAAGUGUGUGCAUCAUUUGCCAAACGUAAUUAAUGGACAUGUAUAAGUUUUUAUAAAUUGAGUUUCAGGUUGGAUUUAAAGCUAGAAUUAAAAUGCUAAUUUAGAGAAAUCAAUACUGUCACAUGGUGUUUAUUUCAUUUGUUAUAAGACACGGGGCUUGUUGCAUGUGAUUCUACUUAGUUCAUACUGAGCGACUGAAACUGGUGAGAAGAGGGAGCCGAAUUCUGAAACAAGGAAAAACCCUGAAAAAAAGUGUAGCCAUGUACAGUGUUUUGCGUCAUUAUUGCCUGGACUACCCGUGUAUUAUUUAAUAGACCGGAAUUAACCUCCAGGAUUAACCAUUUACAGUUGCAACUUGGCUUGCUUGGGAUUUUUUCUAAUUUCCAAAAGUGAGAAUUUUGAGGGCAGAAUGAGAGGGUUUACAACAGACAUAGAGUGACGAUGCUAUGUGUCGGACAUCAUUCUUCAUAUAAAAGAUUCAGCGAAACGGGGGUAUUCUAGACGACACAAGAUGGACUUCGAGGUGUGGAUUUUACUACUGUGUUUGAUUGUGACAUCAGCCGGUCAGAUUCUCGUGAGUAAAAAAGAGAUUUCAGUGGACAUCGGUAGGAGCGUUUUUCUCCGGAAAGAUGACCUGGUGUUCGUGGACACCACAAAGAAAAGUGAAUGCCGGGUGGAGGUGGUACAAAAUGAUCCCAUCACCCAGAGGGUUGGUCGGCUAGAGCCUACGAUAUUUGACUGUUCAUUCCAUCCAAACUCUAUCCAAUACAUCCAUGGUGGGUCACCUCUACUAGACAAGGACAAGGUCAAACUGCGAGUGUAUAGAUUCUCUGACAGUUCCACCGUCUCCCAGACGUUUCAUCUUAACGUUCAAAUCGCCAACACGUCCCACGAAAUCGUCAUCACAAGGGGACUGCGACCUGUUGUGGUGCCAGAGUUUAACGGCUUAUCCAACCCAAUAGACUCCUCUGUGAUACGUUUCUACUUCAGUGGCAAGAGUAACGUAACCUGCACUGUUAGUUUUUCCUCUCAGCGUUCUACCUGGCCCAUUGCAGGACACAUUGUUGAAGGAGAGGGUAAAACCUCUGUUGAUACUAUGCGGAAAUCCUGCACAGAUUUCGUGUACAGUAAAUUAUACUACCAGCACGUACAAUCUCCCAAUCCAGAUGUAGAUUAUCUUCCCUUGACUGUAGAGCUGCAUGAUCCAGAUAUCAGUGAUGACGUCAUGAUUGAACGAUUCUACCUCCCUAUCCAUAUCAAAGGUGCUCUUCCCAACUCGCCACCCCGGUCCUCUUUUAUGAGCAUAUACAUGAUGGAUGUUAAUCAAUUCAUUCUUUCCACUCUUCUACCGGGUGUUAUUUCGGCGGAGGAUUAUGAGACAAACUCAAAAGAUUUAGUGUACAAUAUCACAAACCUUCCUAAUACCAAUGGUGGCUACUUUGUUCACCUAGACGACCAUACUCUACCCAUAGACUCGUUUAUACAAGAUGAUCUGGAUCAUCAUAGAAUAGCCUACCAGCCACCGAGCACCAGCCAAUCGGAACGCCGUGUUUUUGAGGCAGAGUUCACUGUGUUCGACAGCCAUUUUGCAUCUAGUUUGCCGAUUGUUCUACACAUUGCCGUACGACCAUCUGCAACAAAUGCCCCAAGAGUGGCUAUCAAUAAAGGCCUUGUUCUGCUUGAAGGUCAAUCCAGGCAGAUAACCAUUGAUGAAUUAAGCAUAUUAGACCCUGAUAAUGCUAAUUCUGUAAGUCUGUAUGUACUUGGUGGUCUUAAAUAUGGACAACUAUUAAAAAACAAAAGGUCAACAAUUGCAAUGACUUUAGAAGAUCUUCGGCGAGGGCUAAUUUCGUAUCAACAUGAUGACAGCGAUUCUACAAAUGACCACGUUCAAUUCAGAAUAAGUGACGGUCAGCAUACAAUCAUGAUUAAUUUUCCCAUCAUAAUCAUUCCAAAGGACGACUCAGCGCCGUACCUUGUUAACAAUAUUGGGUUGGAGACAAACGAAGGAGAAACAAAGCGAAUAUCCACCAAUAUGCUUUCAGCCCAUGACACGGACUCCAUCGAUGAAAACAUUAUGUAUGUUAUAACCCAGCCUCCAUCAGCAGGAGAAGUAAUAAAGAAGACGAUUCCAGGAGAUGCUGGAACAAGAAUUAGUAAAUUCAACCAAAGAAACAUAAAAAGAGGACAGAUAUUCUACAGGCAUUUUGGGAAUGAAGUUUUCAAGGAUUCUUUUGUUUUCAAGUUACGGGACCACCAAGAUCCCCCGAACAGGUCGGGGGACAAAACAUUCCACAUUAUUAUCAAACCUGUGUACGAAAACCCACCCCAACUAGCCCCGAAAGCAACUAGACUAGUACAUGUACCGGAAACUGAUAUAACAUAUAUAACGAAAGAUGAACUUCAAUAUACAGACAUAGAGACGGACGACAACAAACUCACCUACAUCAUAACGUCUCCCCCGUACUUUGUGUACAACGCAGGGUAUGAAGAAGCCGGGAGAAUUAUUGCAACACAUAACUUUUCUUCGCUUUCGAAAAACGCCUCCAUCCCAGCUAUAACUACAUUCAAACAAGAAGAUAUAAACCACAUGAAAAUUGCUUACAUGCCUCCUAUAGCUGACAUAGGUCCCGAAUCCCGCUUAGUACGAUUUGUGUAUACAGUUCAAGAUAUUAGCGGGAACCAAGUUCUUGGACAAUAUUUUGAAAUCGACGUGCAACCGGUGAAUGAUAAACCACCUUCAAUACUGGUGAGUAAAUUGUUGGUAGAAGAAGGUGGUAUUCUUGGAAUAUCCAAUCUGCAGCUAACAGCCACUGACGAGGAUACUCUUCCAGAAGAUUUGGUUUUUAUUCUGGACGAGACACCAUCCUAUGGAGUUGUACAAAAAGGUGGCAUUGCUUUGACACAAAAAGGAGAAUUUAAGAUUGACGACUUACGCCGCAAUGAUAUUAGAUAUGUUCACGAUGGGGCGGAGGUGUUAGUUGAUUCCUUCACUCUAACGGUAAGUGACGGGAUAAACAGAGCUACCAAGGUCGUGGAAGUCGACAUUGUGCCUUUGGACGACACAGCCCCUCUGUUGAAGAACAAUCUCCGGCCAAGACUUAUAGUAUCUGAAGGUGGUGACGCCAUUGUUACGUCAUCAGUUUUGGCGGCAACAGAUGAAGACACAGAUGAUGGCGGUUUGAUCUUUUUAAUAGUAAAACAGCCCAAACAUGGAAUCAUGCAACUACUGGAGCAGCCCGUGACCAAGUUUACCCAGAAAGACGUUAAUGGCAACAAAGUAAAGUACAUCCACACAGGCGGAGAGGUGGGCAAUAAUAUGAUAAAAGACACUGUAACUUUUAUUGUAUCCAAUCAGAACUUCAUGGCGACAGGUGAUCUUCCAGUGUAUGAUUUGAACAUCACGAUAACUCCAGUUGAUAACUCAAAACCAGCUAUCAUCAAAGGGAUAGAAUUGUCGGUUAAUGAAGGGGGUUCAGUCACUUUGACACCCGCCGCUGUCACUGCUAAAGAUCCAGACACAGACCCCGAAGAAAUAAGCUUCGUCAUUACGAAACAACCUCAGUGGGGAUACCUAGAAAAUCUAAAACCCCUGAAAGGCUCCGAAAAGUCAAGAUCAGGAUUUCGUAUUACAACCUUCAAACUUCAAGAUAUAAUUGAUAAAACAAUCAAUUAUGUCCAAGCUAAUCACAAGGGAGUAGAACCAAUCUACGACGAAGUUGAAUUUUAUGCAACAGACGGAAAACAAAGCUCUGACGAAACACCCCUUGGCUUCAGGAUAAUUCCCCAAAAUGACGAAGAACCAGACGUCAUGCUUCAGGACUUUGCAGUGGACGAAGGGUCCUCCAAGGUCAUUGAUCAGUUGAUUAUCGAUGCUAUUGACAUGGACGUUCCAAAGGAACAGCUAACUCUAUCCAUAUCCCAAGCCCCGGAUCAUGGUGACAUUGUGUUGAUGAUACAGACAGCGAAUGGCGAAGUUGAAGUUGCUGUACAUGAUUUCACAGUUGAAGAACUUCAUAAAGGCAUGAAACUGAAGUACAGACAUGACAACAGUGAACAUUUCAGGGACAAUUUUGCUCUUACCGUUUCCGACGGCAGACAUGAAGUUAAAAAACUUUGUAACAUCUCGAUUAGAGCAUUGAAUGACGAGGGACCAGAAAUAACCAAAAAUGCCGGAUUGCAGCUGGACUAUGGAGAUUUUGCUAUGAUAUCCAGUGCAUCGUUGCAAUCGACUGAUCCAGACAACAGCGAAAAUGAAGUCGUAUACAUCUUGAUGUCUGUUCCGAAGAAAGGUUCCUUGCAGUUUUGCACAGACCCCUUUUCGCCAACUCGUAUCUCUGAGUGCAGAGACAUGCAGGUCGGUGAAAACUUUACCCAACAUGACGUUGACAUGAACAGAGUGAGAUACAUCCAUACGACUAGUAUGGGUAACACCGAAACAGAUAGUUUUCUGUUUCUUCUGACAGAUGGAACAAACAGGCGCCACGUGGAAACAUUUGAAAUCAGAAUAAGGAAUUCCAAAAAGAGCAACUUGGCAGUUUACAAUAAAGGUCUGCAUGUUCGAGAAGGCGAGAGGACGUCAUUGUCAACCAAUAACCUAAGUGCAUCUGAUGAAAGUACGAAGGCAGACGAAAUCGUGUUUGCAAUAACACAAAUGCCAAGACAUGGCCAGAUUGAAUUCAUUGACAAACCUUUGGUAAGAAUCAACAGUUUCACACAGCUUGAUCUCGCUUCUCGGAAGGUUGUCUACAAUAAUUUGAACAAAGGGGACAAUACCGAGGACUUAUUCAAGUUUACCGUUACCAAUGGACUCAGUCAGGCUAAGGAGGGUGACUUCAGAAUAUCUAUCGAACCGCUUGACCGCGUCCUCCCCUCACUCACAGUGAACACCUUGAUUGAGGUCACCCAGGGUGGUGAGGUGGAGUUGUCUCCCCUGCUACUGAAGGCCCAGGACCCAGAUACGACCGACUCUAGUGUAACGUUCAUCAUUGCCAAGCCUCCAACCUACGGACGUCUCUAUAACAACGGAAUCAUCAUCACCAGGUCCUUUACUCAGAGCGAUAUCAAUCUAGGCUUCAUAACGUACAGGACAGAUGGGUCUCACGCGGGGUUGGACAACUUUCUUUUCAAUAUAUCCGAUGGUAAACACUCGGGCUUUUUAGUGAACAGAACCCUUCAGACCAAACCUGUUAUCUGCAGCAUCUUUAUCAAGCCACUAGUAAACGACGCCCCAAAGCUACUCACGCUAAAACAGCCUGACACAUUGGAAUAUUUUGGCAACGACCGGUACGGAUUUCGACUCACCAAUAGAAAUUUAAAAGCAAUUGACUCCGACUCGACCAGUUCCCAGUUAACCUAUAACGUGAUCAAGAGACCACAGUUUGGACACAUUGAGAACGUGAAGACAAAGCGGUACGUAAGGAGAAGAUUUACCCAGAAGGACUUAGAUGACAGUAGUCUCCAUUACAUACUGAAUCCAAGGAAAUCCCAAACCAAUGACAGCUUCACCUUUAGUGUGUCGGACAACAGAGGGAAUGUCUUGGAUAAUCAAAGAUUUGAAAUGAAAUGGUCAAGGAUCGAGUUUCCUCGUAAACAGAUUAUUUCUUGUGAGGACAUAGGCACCCUCAGUAUUACUCUGAAGCGGACUGGUGACUUGAACCAGAUUUCGUUUGUUGGGAUAAAGGUCAGGGACAUGUCGGCAAAGAGUGGACUCGAUUUCUACACCAGCUCUUCCAAACAAGUCCAGUUCAACCCAGGAAUGAAGCAAGCCACGUGGGACAUACAAAUUGCAGACGACGGUAUAAUGGAAAAUGGCGAGAAAUUUCAAAUUUUCUUGGAAGAGCCGAUCAACGCAGUCCUGGGCAGAAAAGUCAAAAUGAACAUCCAUAUCAUCAACGCGGAAAACGGCGAGUGCCCCCAGUACCUCGGAAUGAUCAGCAAAAACAAUAAAGAAGUGAUAGACUUACAGGACAGCUUGGUGCCAAGUCCUAAUAAGAAGACGGAAACUGUCGGAACUUUCAGUAACUUUAAUGGCCCUGGAACCAUCAAAGAGAAUCCUCUAGAUAAUGCUUACAAUACUGAUCCCGACUCGACGCCAUCCAAAUCAUCUCCGUCAUCGUCCAAAGCAUCGACGUCAUUCAAAGACCCCGACUUCAACGAAGUGAUACCAACAAAGAGAAACCGCAAAAAGUCAAAGAAGAAAGGUCGUAAGAGAAAUAAGAAGAAGAAUAGAAAAUCAAAGAAGUCAAAGAAAGAUGUGACCAAGAAAUCGGAUUCUAUUUUUCCACUGCCAUCAUCGUCUCUAAGAAUUCAGGCUCCCCAGAAUUGCACAAGAACCACAAAAGAUUUGUUUCAUUUUAAUUCCUACACACAAAAGUUAUACAAAUGUAAUGGUUAUACCUGGCAGAUGUGGGAUAGUGGCACCCCUCAGGAUGCGUCUGGGAUCUCCGCCCCCGCCCCAUCUGUCUGCAUCAUAGGGGAGUUUUUUGAGGGCCGCUGCUACAAGUUUUACAAGGAGAGGAAAUCUUGGGAGGAGGCCAAGCGGUAUUGUCAGUCUCUGAGUGUGAUGCCGAGUACCCUCACCCCCGUGCGAUCCAAAGCCCACUACCAAUUCCUGGCCAAUCUAGCGGGCAAGAAUUCCUAUUGGAUCGGUUUGAAUAAUAAGCGCAACCCCAGAGACUGGGAGUAUCUGUCGGGUGGUACUUCCAUUGCCCCUCUCCUUAGUUACACAAACUGGGGCAAGAACCAACCCCAGACUCGGGGUAGGCGGGACAGACGUAACUGUGUACUGGUCAAUAAACGCAGGAAGUGGAAGAACAAGUCUUGUACCAAAAACCUUAAACGGUUUAUCUGUGAGGGGGUUCCCGGUCAAAAGUUUUCCAGUCUCCAAUCCUCUCCUUCAGACCAGCCAAAUCGAAAUCGAGGCAAACGACGUAGGCGUUACCGGUGGAGUUCGUGAGUCUGAGAUUGGUUUCGGGUUUUAUAAGACUACAUGAGAUUAUCGCUAACUGUAACAAAGUUGAUCCUUCAAUCUGCGGCAAUAAGUGUCGGAACUCGUAGGCAUCUGCCCUUAGAACAGUAUUCGAGUCCACAUGGUGCAUAAAAAUUUUCAGGUGACUUAGAGGUGGACCACUGCAAAGGGACUGCGACUUUCUCGACCUCAUUAUCAGACUGCUGGUGGCAGACUUCACGUAUAAGACACUUUGUUGCUUUUUGUUUAUCUCUCUGUUUAUACAUAACUACAUAUUGGAGGUACUCUGUAUAUUAAGCAUAAUAAUGCGGGGUCACGUGAACCUCUGUUUGUGCAAUCUAUGACAGUAAGUGCGGACAAGUUUUGGGUUGUGCCGAAAUGAUAGCUAGAUCUGUAUGGCCCACCACGUUGUUGUUAUGUGUGUCUGACUAUUGUUCUUUGUACUGAGAGGUUGUAGUAAUUAGCCUCAACAAUGAAGUAAUUGGUACUAUGUACUAUGUACUUGGUUGAUUAUAAACUGUACUAUUGAGGUAUACUGUGUACUAAUUGCUUUACCAAUCAUGAUAUAGUUUGGGGAUGUACAAAUUACCAUUUUGUAGUGAUAUAUUUAUUGCAUUUAUGAAACGACACAAUUUAUAUUUGUACAUGUAUUUGUAAAUCAUUAACUAUAUUACAAUAUUCUGUUUAUAUGUCUAUGUGAGAGUUUUAAGGUCAUUCAUCCAUUCUGUGUUAAUCCAUUUAAUAUACAUAUUUUUUGCUAAGUUUUAACUGACUGCUAUAUGUUGUAUUUUUAUAAAUGUACUCUUGACAUAUCAUGUUUUAAUGUCAAAGAAAUCCAUUUACCACAGCCCCUUAGAUCUGGAAAUGGGACAUGUUUAUAUAGGUGUAUAAUUCAAAGUCCAUUAACUAGUGUUAGCAUCCCCUUAUGUACUGUUAUACUGAUGUCAUGACCAGGCUGAGGUGAUAUUAUUAUAGACUCUAUUCUGUCAUGACAUGUCAUUAGAAAAUAAAUAGAAACAAAAGUUA